UAGGCUUAACAUUUUUGGGAUAAAGACUUGAUUAUACAUUUUUAUCUAAUUAGCCUUGAAAGAGUAUUCUGAUCACAUCAAAUCUGCCCAAACAGUAAUGUUGUAAUCUGACUUUGUGAUGACAGGUAAUCUGAUUACAUGUUCUCUGACUACUCUGGGCUAAGUAUUGUCAUCUCUUAUCAUAUAACUACAUCAGGGAAAGCCAUCUGGUUAGGCAACAUGUAAUCUGACCUUUCAUGAACAGCAGUGAUAAUAUUUAAUCUGAAUAAUAUUAAAAAUAAUAAUAAUAAUAAGAAGAUCUCUGGGAUUUUAAAAUACUGUCAUGAUUUGAUAUUAAAAAUAAUAAUAAUACAUUUUUUUUGUUAGGGCGCCUUUCAAGGCACUCAAGGUCGCCUUACAAUGUAAAUAGAAUACAGGACAAAAAUAAAAGAUUAAAAUUGAAAUAAGAUUAAAACCAAAUACAAUAUAAUACAUUAAAGCAUCAUAUAAAACAUUACAAUACAUUAAAAUAAAGGAGGGAGACAGUGCUGUAGGUCAAGUAUGUAUGUAAGUAUGUUUUGAGUUGGGAUAUUAGCUUUAAACCAUAGACUGUAUAUACUAUAAUAAUAAUAAUAAUAAUAAUAAUAAUAAUAAUAAUAAUAAUAAUAAUAAUAAUAAUAAUAAUAAUAAUAAUAAUAAUCUAUAUACAGUCUAUGGGACAGACCAAAACAUUAAGUUCGUGUGUUGAAUUAACUGCAGUUACGCACUUCGAACACCAGGGGGUACGUUCUCUGCCUCAAACCGCCGCUGGUCGUCCGGGCAACCACACUGUCAUGGCAACCUCGCUGACGCUCAAGAAACUGCACUUCCUGUUGAAACUGGUAACCUGCUAAAACGAGCGAAAAAAUACUAUAUUUAAGUGUUUUUUUAGAAGUUUUAACUUUUGCUACAGCGUCAGUUUGAUUCAUUUUUCUCUUAGGUGGUCAAAAAAGAGGAUAAACGGCGACAACAGAAGCGGGAGGAGUCCGAUAUCAACUUUGAUAUGACUUUCUCGCCUCUAUUCGAGAAGCACGAACGGUAGGAAACGAGUGGAAAGAGACUCCAAGGCGAGUCAGGAGCCGAAAACCUGCCUUUAAAUGCAUCUAACACGGCCAAAGUCCUCCAAAGGACGAAGCAGACCCGCUGUGAGCAUGGACUACAGCACCCAGAGGCCUCCUCCGUCUCCAGACCCUCCUGUCCUCAACAGCAGGCCGGAUAGAAACCUCCGCUCCCAGUCCCAACCUGCAAUGUGUCAGAGCGGCCAGAUGAGCCAGGAUCAAGUCUUUCAGAUGCUGCACCUCACCCCAACAACAGCUCCACCACUGUCUCUAAACAGGUACACGGUCCUUCCAUCCAUAGAGAAGAGACCAGCAGAUGUGAGAAACCUGGACAGGCACAUGUCAGAGCUCCACCUGUGUGAUGACCAGAGCAAUGAGGGGCCACAUCCUCCCAACACCUCUGAGAAGGACCCCCAAACCUGGCCGAAGCACCCUCCAGAUCCAGGACUCGAAACAGCAAAAAGUGACGGAUCAUUUGGUGGUUUUCUCCUGGCAAUCCGAGCACCAUGUGGCAGGAGGUUUGAGCAGCACUUUGACCCCUUAGACACCCUUCUGGCUGUAAAAUCCAGCGCUGAGGUCAGGUAUGGAGUCCAGUAUAGAGGAGUAUCCAUUGAGACCAUGGAUGUGCCUCGCAGGACCUUCACAGACAUGGGGAUGAGUUUGGCACAGUGUGGCAUCGUGAACAAAUCAGUGCUGUGCAUCUCUCAGAAUGACAGCGAGGCGGAGAGAGUUUAAUCUCAAGAGGAAAAGUGAUGAUUUAAAGUCCUGCUGCAAUCCAAAACAUGAUUUUCUUAUUCUUUCUUGAAACGUUGAAUCUCACUUUGCAAAAGGAUAUGUGCGCAGUGAUCCAAGUGAAGUUAAAACAGGAUAUAAUCUGGAUGUUUUGACUGAAUCUCACAGCUGGUUUUGAAUUGAUUCCAGGAUAAUAUGCAACUAAACUCGAGUGAUGAGUAAGUUUAACCUCCACAGGACUCAUACAUCAAUGAUUGACUUCUCAGUGAUACUUCAGGGUUAAAAAAAUCACUUUAAUUUACAUUUAUCAAAGAGGCGAGAAAGGAAAAAAAAUGUUUUGAAAGAUUUAUCCCUACAAGUUUUGUAACUAAUAAAAAAAUAUAGUUAGUUUCUGUAAAUCAGUGUCUGUUUUUUGCAAAGUAGCUUUUGCAUGUGAGGAAUUUGCUCAGUUAAUUUUUUUUUUGCAUGAAACAGUGAAAAUUUUGUUAAAAUGCACGCAAAAAGCAGCACCACAACACUGAAAAAUUAUCCAGAGUAUUUUUAAAAUCAUUAAAACUUGAUAUUUUUGAUUGUAUGAAACAAAAAAAAACCCCUCAAAAUGAGCAGGAACCUUGAAAUAAUACAUCUGUAUUUAUUAAAACAAUAACCGCUGAGGGUUAAUUUUUUAAUUUCUAAUUUUUUUUAUUUUAAUUUUAGCAUGAAACAAUGAAAAUUUUGUUAAAAUGCACGCAAAAAGCAGCACUACAACACUGCUGCAAAACAAGAAAAAUGAUCCAGGGUAUUUCUAAAAUCAUUCAAACUUGAUAUUUUUGAUAAGAUGAAUAAAAAUACACUCAAAAUGAGCAGGAAACUCAGAAAUAAUCCAUCUGUAAUUAUGAAAACAAUAACCGCCUAGGGUUGUUUUUUUAAUUUCAAAGUGAGAAUCUUGUUAAAAUGCAUGCAAAUCUCAGCGCCACAGCACAAAAAACCAAUCAGAAACUAUUUUUAAAAUCAUUAAACUUGGUAUUUUUGAUUAGAUGAAAUUAAAAUACUCUCAAAAUGAGCAGGAAACUCAGAAAUAAUAGAUCUGUAAUUAUGAAAACAAUAACCGCCGGGGGUUACUCAUUAAAAGAACAUUUUACUCAUCCCUGUGAUUCCAGAUAUCUCAGCAGAAAGCACUUUCAUAUUUUUAUUGAUGUCAUUUACUCGAUUUUCCUUUUUCAUUUGUCAAAGCUAAAUUGAAUCUUCCUGGCUGUCAUAUUAGGAUAAGGAGCGAGACGGACAUUUGUGCGCUCAUCAAAUAAACUGUAACAUAAUUACACUCUGUUUUUCACAAAUAUCUUUUAUCAGGAGGAUCGCUUUCGAAUUAAACUCUGUGUCCUCAGGGUCAAACAUUCUCAUUCAGUAUCGUCUUUUUAUUAUGGAAACUAUCAGAGUUCAAGGUUCACUGCAAAAAUUUCAGUCUACUGUAGCCUACUGUAACCUGUAAACAUGUUUCUAGACCAAAACACACAAAUUAAAUCAGACCAAAGUAAUAAGAAAGAGGUUAUAUUUGCUCUUUUUCUUUUAAACAUGCUGCACAGUGACUGAAAAUGUAGUCCCAUCAUGAUCAAUACAAGAUACAACAUACUAAUUCAUUGUUUGGACACUUAAAAUGAAGUUGUAACCUGAUAUUUUCGAAAAUAAAACCAAACUCCACCACUUGAACAUGCCACAGUAUUUAUUGUUUUUCUUUUCGGCACACAAAACUUCACAAUUUGAUUUCUCACCAACUCAAAAUUUUUAGAAACUCGAUAACCGGCAGAAACGGGCAUUUACCUCUUAAAAUGCUUCAAGUCAUUCAAGGAAACUGAAUCUGAAACUCAACCUUGUGUAAGCCGUGCAUACGCCUAAGGAUAAGACACAUUGCUAUGUUCCGAUACUACAAUAAUAAAAUAAUCAUAAUUCACUUCAAACAAUCAAAAAAACACUGCAAACAAACAAACAAACAAACAAACUGUAGUAUUCUCACCACUCCUGCGGGCUGUUUUAACAGCCAGUGGUUUGUUUAGAGUCUCUGGGAGAGACUGCUUUAAGGCUUUAAGGUGACUUCAGUGAACAAUCCGAGUCGGACACAUCAAAUUAAUUCAAGUGAAAACUUUGGCACAAAUAUCUGCCAUGAAGAGUUAGAAAGGUCAGCAUUUAUCUUUUCUUUUUUUUCUGUAAACAGUAAAACGCAAACAAUAAACCCCUGAAAGAACUUCAGUCACUUCAGGUAACACUGCUUCAGUAACUGCGAGUGCAAACAGAGACGCGUUCAGCUGAUCAGAGCUUCCA